AGUCAUUGUCCUUGUAGAGUCUACAAAUUGUGUAAAUUAAUUACACAUGAGUGCUUGGCAGCUCUUGGUGUAGAGUCCGAAUGUGGGGGAGAAGUACAUGAUUUACCAGUGCACCAUUUGGUUAGGUUCACACCAUAGAGAAAGGACAUUCACACAGACCCUCACCUCUCCAGGGUUGGUCAGUGGGUCAGUGGAGUGUCUGGAUUGUGAGAAAUACUGGUGCACCGUUUGGUUGGGCACGGAUUUACUUCUCAAGGGUUGGUCAGCAGUAGGUACAUAACCUUGAUCACCUCAAUGGGAUCAAACACUUGAGAUCAACAUUCUGGAUGUGCUAAGGGUUUUUGGACAGUGAGUCUGUGGUUACACAAACCACACGCACACUACGCACAGACAUAACACAAGGAGAGUCACAUGGCCACAUUACACAUGGGGACUUGUGUCUGCUGCUAGUGCUAUUGUGUUGGUGAACACAGCCGUGCGUGUAUUUUAAUCAGAAGUCAGUGUGUGAUUACAUCUGUAUGAAUGAGGAGCUGUGUUGUUCGUCUUGUGUUGUACACGCUGCACAAGUCGGAUCUUCAUUGAGGUUGGUGCCUCUUUUUGGGGGCCUAGGCGCUGAUGAUAAAAGCUGUUGAUGCAGAUCUGUAGAUGGAUGGAUACAUGAAGGAAGUUAUAAGAGGCAGAUUUGUUUAGCAGUCAUUCAUUUUAACCAUGGUUUAACAAUUCUACCUCCAUGGUUUAACUAACUGUCUACACAGUAUUGACAAGACUGUCACAGUGAUAAGCUGCUCUUAUGGGACAAUAAGAAGAACCCUAUCAUUUCUCUAACAGAGUUUUAAUCGUUAAACUGGAUUAGACACCUUGGAGAUUUAGACCAUGUGGAUUUAUUGUAACUUACUCAGGAAUAUUAUGCUUCGAUUAGGAUGAAUAGUAUGCACAGCCAAAGACAGGUGCAAAAAGUGCCGCCAAAUGAGUUACAUCUGGCUGCCCUGGCCUCCUUGAAGGGUGAGAUCAUUGAGCUGAAUAACCGGCUACAGAGGGUUAGCUCAGAGAGAGAUGUCUUGGACAAGAAACUUGGAAAGGCUCAGGUGGAACGAUCGCGAGUACUGCGUGAGAACGAGGACAGGUUAGACCAGCAAGCCAUCAGGUAUGAGGAGAGAAUCACAGAGUUACACAGCGUCAUCGCAGAACUCAACAAGAAAAUAGACAGAUCCCAUGGCACGGCGUUCAGGGAAGAAGAUGAGUUUUCUCAGUCGGCCUCCAGUCCGCACAGCAACAUCAGCAAUAGCGGUGGCAGCUGCAAUGGCAGCUUCCAUGGGAGUGACUCGGCAAAUAUCGAUCAGUGCAAUGAUUUAUCAGCGGAGCUGUCCAGGGUAGUAGGGGAGCUAGAGUGUGCUGUGGAGGAGAGGAAGGGUAAUGAUAACUACAGACAGCACAUCGACUCGGCCGAUCACGCCGUUCAGCAACUGACCAGUGCCUCACAUCAAGUGGAACAGAGAUCACUGGAGGUCGUCAAAGAGGUUGAAGGCUUGCAUUUUGACUCGACGACGUCCACCGACCACUCCACCCCGAACGGCUUCCAAAACCGUAGCCACGACACCAGGAGGCGCAGCAGCCUGGAGCAGGAGAUCGGUGUCCUACAGGACGAGAACGAGAAUCUCAACACGACGCUGUCCAUGAAGGACGACGAGCUGCAGAAGAUUAAAGCCAAUCUUAUUGCCAUCAGAGACGAGAGGGAUAAACUGAGGAAAAGGGUAAGAGACUACCAGUCCCGCAGCAGUCAACAACAACAACUCUCAGGAGCUGCUGCCAGCAAUCACAAACAGCAACAGCACCAGCAAGGUUACACGUCGUCAUCAUCCGAACAGCUCAGCUCGCCGGGUUACCGCGCCACCCCUACCCCAUCCACAGUCUUACCCAAUGGCAUCAACCCAAGCACGGGGGAGCUGAGUGUGUAUGGGAGCGAGAGGAGAGGGGGCAUGCCGGUGGCGAAGGUCGCCGAGCGGGUCAGGUUAAAGCCUUCCAGGUCGUCGGACAAUUCAUCCAGGUCGGGAUCCGAGAGGGGGCUGACGGCGUCGGACCUCAGUAGUAUAGGGGUGGGCAAUCCCAAAGUCGCCGAGCACCUCGCCCAGUCAUUACAAGAAUGCUCCAGCGUGCAGGAGAUCCUACAGGCCAUGAGCUCCCACGGUCUGUCCAUCCCGGAGAACAAGGCUCGGGACAUAGAGGUUGAGAUGGAACGUCUCAACAGCAAGAUCGAGCACCUGAGGUCACAGAACGACCUCCUGCAGCUGUCGCUGGAGGAGAGCAAGUGCAGUGCCGACCGGCUUACGAUGCUGGUGGGAAAGUACGAGAGCAACAACACGGCGUUGCAGCUGGCGGUCAACUACUGCGACCAGACGGUGGAGGCGUACGAGGUGCUGCUGAUGCUGUGCGAGACAGAACAGCAGGUGGUGCUGGCCAACUGCAGGGCGGCAGGCGUGGGAGGAAUCGGGACUGGAGAGAGUUCAGAAGGUUCAGGCGAAGACACGGAAGAGACGACGAUGGUAUUGAAGAGGGUCCAUGAGAACCGCAAGUCAGCUGAGAACAUGGCCAAGGCCCUGCUGCAGAGGCUGGAUAGAAGCUGUGGUACAAUGGUGUGUCAUGUACCAGGGUGUACGCUACAACCCUGGGAAGAUGUGUCUUCUCAUAGUCAUACUAGCACAACAAGUUCAACGGCAAGCAGCUGCGACACAGAGUUCAGCAAGGAGGACGAGCAGCGACUGCGAGACUACAUCCAGCAGCUGAAGAACGAUAAGUCAGCCGUGCGGCUGACCGUCAUGGAGCUGGAGAGCGUGUACAUCGAUCCGAUGUCCCAGGAGGUCAUGUCCAGUGUGGAUAGCCAAAGGCUGGACCUGGAGAAUGCUGUACUCAUGCAGGAGAUUGCCGCUCUCAAGGAGGAGAAGGCGGAGCUCAAGGCGCAGUACUACCUCCUGGAGAAAGAGAAGAAAGCAGCUGAGCUGAAGAUGAGCUCGAGGGAUGCCCGGGAGAUGGCUUACCUGGCCCAGAUUGAUCAUCUCAAGUCAGAGGCGCUGGAUAAGAAGGUGAUGCCAAAGGGCCAGAAGCAAUCGGCCAACUCUACGCCGAUGAUCACGCUAGCUGAGCUGAGCCAGCUGGACGAUCCCAGCAUCUCGCUAGACACGGCCGAGAUGCUGAGACGAGAGAAGAAGCUGAGAUCUAAGAUCCACGAGCUGAUGGCCACCAUUGAGAAGCUACAGAAGAGCUCCGAGAUGAGACACCAGCAGUCAGCGGAGUUCAUCACCGACCUGAAGAGAGCCAAUAGUGCCCUUGUAACUGCCUACGACAAAGCCAAAAAGAAACAUCAGAACAGACUGAAGAAACUUGAAGCUCAGAUGAUGGCCAUGGUGGAGAGACAUGACACACAGGUCCGAAUGCUGAAGCAAAGAAUAGCAUUACUGGAGGAAGAGAACCAGGCCAGCAGACCCCCACACAACGAAACCUCCUUAUAGAUAAUCCCCCUCCCCAAACCUCCCUUCCUCCCCCUCCCCCAACCUCCCUUCCUCCCCCUCCAUAUCCGUGACCUCUCGGAUCCCUAAUCACUGCCAAAUACCUAAGAUGUUCUUCCUGCCUUCGACUAGAUGUGAACCCAUGACCAUGGAUUGAUGUCGUUGUAAAAAAUGUGUGCCUCCUCUCUUCAAAGAAUGGUGCUCCUUUCAGUACAAAGAUAAACAUUGUCUUCAGUGAUGCAAGAAAAAAACUGUGAUUUUCUUUUUAAAACAAACUUGAUUAUGGAGGAAGGACUCUCAAAUAUGUAAAUCUUAAACAGCUGGAUUACUAGAAGUGAAAAUCUGGUUAAGAUGGUAAUCUUGCAAAGCAGGAUUACUAGAAGUGAAAAUCUUGCAGAACUGGAUUACCUGAACUGAAAAUCUCGCAAAGCAGAAUUACUAGAAGUAAAAAUCCCGCAGAACUGGAUACUUGGAGUGAAAAUCUUGCAAAAAAGAAUUACUAGAAGUGAAAAUCUCGCAGAACUGGAUAACUAGAAGUGAAAAUCUUGCAGAACUGGAUUACCUGAAGUGAAAAUCUCACAAAGAAGAAUUACUAGAAGUGAAAAUCUAGCAGAGCAGGAUUGCCUGAAGUGGAACUGUCACAAAGCAAGAUAACUAGAAGUGGAACUCUAGCAAAGCAAGAUUACUAGAAGUGGAACUCUAGCAAAGCAAGAUUACUAGAAGUGGAACUCUAGCAAAGCAAGAUUACUAGAAGUGGAACUCUCGCAAAGCAAGAUUACUAGAAGUGGAACUCUAGCAAAGCAAGAUUACUAGAAGUGGAACUCUAGCAAAGCAAGAUUACUAGAAGUGGAACUCUCGCAAAGCAAGAUUACUAGAAGUGGAACUCUAGCAAAGCAAGAUUACUAGAAGUGGAACUCUAGCAAAGCAAGAUUACUAGAAGUGGAACUCUAGCAAAGCAAGAUUACUAGAAGUGGAACUCUCGCAAAGCAAGAUUACUAGAAGUGGAACUCUCGCAAAGCAAGAUUACUAGAAGUGGAACUCUAGCAAAGUAAGAUUACUAGAAGUGGAACUCUCACACUGCAGGAUUACCAGAAGUGAAAACCUUACAAAGGUGAAAAUCUCGCAGAGUAUGAAAAUUGGCUAAUAUGAUGAUGAACUUUAAGUUGGUGAUGGAAAUUCAGAACUCCUCAGAAGUAAGACAGAAGUAAAACUUUUGACGAUAGUUGUAAAAAAGAAAGAAAAAAAAAGUCUGGAGAAACUCUUGCCUUGUCAGAGUCGGAGCUGUUCAAUGUGGUACUGCAGAGGAAUGCUUGCUAUGUAUGUAUGUCGGAAAUGGAAACUUGUCAUGCAUGUAAAUAAAAGGGCCCUGUACAGGCUUAUACAGAUGUUAUCGGACUUUUGAAAAGGGGGGGAAAUCGACUGAAAAAUGCAGCAGUUUUCAACAAGCCACGUGAAGGAAUGAUCUGCCGUCACAGAUAUUUAAUGUAUGAUUGGUGAAGUAGACUUUAACCAAUAUGCAUGACUGUGUGCUUUUCGAGUGGAGACCACCAUUAGCAAUACACAAUCGAAUCUAAAAGUAAAUCUCUUUUCGUAGAUACAAAGUUUGGAUCAGAACACGGGCCAAAUUGUUUUUGAGUGAUUUCAAAACAUUUUUGUGCUCAUACAAAAACUUUAAGAGUUUCAGUAAUCUAUUUAAAAAACGUAUAACCAACUCAAAGAACUUUUCUUAAAUAUGGAUAUAAAGUUUUUGGGUAACAUUUUGUGUAACGUUAUUUUCCAACAACCAUGCAGAGUUCACAUCUGAUGAUUUCAGUCAAGAAAAGAGUUCUUAAGAUUGUUCAUUUUGGCACAUGCCAUCUCAGAAAUUCUGAAAAACUUGAGAGUGUUCAGAUUUGUCUAUGUACUAAGGGUGCAUUUUUUGCGGUCGUAACCAAUAACUGUUCCGAUUGAAUUGGCCAUUAGUUAAUCACGGACCAAUGGCAAAAACAGUUAUUUGUUACGUUUGCCAAAACGCACCUCAGUGCCCAAAGAAUGAUGACAUUCUCAGUGUUAGACAUCUGCUUGUGACUGUACAUACUGCAUGUAUCUCAUCUCAACCAUCUACAAAAUGUGGUAUUAACAUUUUUAAAUAUUUAACAAAUUUGAGAAUGAUACUCUUUUUUUUUUUGCCAGGUGAUUCUUGCUGUUGUCAGUAAUUUUCGUUAUUUCUGCAAAGGCAGAGUGUACGUUUGUUCUUGGCCGUGUUGUCAAGAUCUUGCGAAAGACACUCAGAAAUUGUUUGAAAUUGUCAACCUUUUUCAAAUGAGAAGAGUCAAUCAAGAGAUGGUCGUAUUCUUGUUACUGAGGUGCACAGAUUGUUACAUAAUAUGGUAUUUUUUUCUUUCUGAACAUCAACUUAAGCGCUGUAACUUUAUUUAGACAUUUGAAAGUCACUCGCUCAAAAUAGUUGCAAAGACUUAAAACUCAGGGAGGCUACUCUCUAAAAGUUAACAUCCUCAAGAGCCAAAGUUUCUUUUACCCUGCACCAGGUGUCAACAUUUUCAAAAACUGCUGACCAACUACAAAACAAAGCGUUAGAAUAAAAUGUAACUAGCUGGCAACUUUGAUCCAGUGAGGGACAACUUUCCCAGAUUUCAGAACUUUUCAGAAUUUGUUUUUGUAGCAAUCAUGGCAUUUAAAAAAAAGUGAAAGGACAAAAUUAACAAUUCUCUGCUUUCCAUUGGUUCCUUUGUCUAAACUUCUUCAGUUCAAUUCAAGCAACCAAUCCCAACGUUAUGACAGUUUUGCGUUAUACAAAACAUAACCACAAUCCGAUUCCAUAUAGAGAUGCUAAGAAUAAAUUGUUGCUUAACGAACCAAUAAGGAGGUCCUCAGCGUAAUCAUGAAAUGGUUUUAUAUGUAGAAAAAUGUGUCUGCCAGGGAUGUGACUUCUCAGACAUUUAAUCUAAAUUCAGACAUUUUAUUUCUGCGAGGUGGAAAAAAUGUCUGUUGUUUUCUUCAGAUAUAACAAAAUAAUGCUCUGAUCUGCUUCUCGAGGAUAUGUGCUGAGGAUGCUGUUCUUAGAAGCUCUUUAGAAUAACUCAAGGGGUCACCACAAGGCAGAACGAAAUGUCAGAGUUCUAUGAAAUCGGCUUUUGGUUUGACCUAGUUUAUGUUAAGCAUUAUGUUUGUUUUACAAACUGCUGUGUUUUUGUUUGUUUUUUCUUGUGCAUAUCAAUGAUAUAAUUACUGUAAAAAUGUACAAAUUGCUCAUUUAAUAUUGUUUAUACCUAUUUAUAAAACUUUCUUGUUUUUGAAAAAAAAAAAUUAUAACAUGUUGUAUUUGAGAUCAGCUUGUUUGUCAUUAUUUUGUUAUUUUUUUUGUUUGUAUUUAAGUUUUUACAAUGUGCUAGGGUGAACAUUGCAAGGGGAAGCUCAAUAGUUUUCGAACAGGUAAAUGAUGGAAAUAAAACGAUAUUUUUGUUAAAAAAUUAAUCCCAUGUUGCAGUGAAGGAACAUUCACAGUCAUGAAGUAAAAACACUUCUAGAGCUGUUACAGCCCUUCUAACAACUGUCAUGGUCCCUCUGGGUAACAACAGCUCCAAGCUAUCUGAACAAUGUUUUGGUUAAAAACAGGCAUUGGGUUUCUCACCAUUUUGUUCUGAUUUCGGGACUUUCUUAGAAUCGCCUAGCACCUUUCUCGGACGAAGUAAUGCAGUCACCAAAAGAGAGAAAGGAACAGUCUACAAUGUGUCAAAAUGUGUCUAAAAAAUGACAAAGAUGCUGGCAACCUAAGGUGUCUAUAGAACACCUACCUCACUAGACUUGUGGACAAGUCGUUAAAUGUAUGUGCGUUGAUAGCGUUCCAACUUAACUGGGAGUAGAAGUCGGGCAACCAGCAGUUCGCUCGAGAGCAGUGAGCACCGCCACAACUGGACUAUCUCACCGCGUGGGACCAUUAACGACUUGUCCACAAGUCUACUACCUCACAUGCCACUACAGUGUCUGCUCGUGAUCAGUGCCCAGCAUGGGAUAUUUUUGCAGGGAUCCCAUGCUUACUUUAGAAUUGAAGUGAUUCAACCAGGAACUCAAAUCCAGUAAUGUCCAGUUUCUUUGUUUGACAUUGUUAUAGGUUAUUUAUUGUGUUUUAUGUUGACAAGUACCAAAUUUGAUGGUGCUAAAAUUCUCCAACUCAAAACAACCUUAAAUCUGUUCUGUUUGUAAUUAAUUUUUUUGAUAAAUGUUUGAGUUGUCAGGGUAAAUUAUUCAAGUAAGAAGGAGUAAAACAACUUGGAUUUUUGUUCCUAAAGGGGACCAAAUUUAGACAUCUUUUAUUUGAUCCUUUGCUAGCACUUUGAAGGUUUUGUGUGAUGGAGGCACUGAGUUGCAACACAUCAUGUGGUUGUGUGUCUGUUAAAGCCAUUAUACACUUUUGGUACAGAAAAAAAAAAAAAGUCACUGAUUUACAAAUAAUUUACAGGG